AAUGUGAUAUAAGGCGAACGAUGAUGCUUACGUCGGUAGCCACUUCCGUUGUCCUUAGAUCAUCGGGUUCGAGAGCCUUCGCCCGAGCUGUCACUGUACCGAGCGUUGCAGCUUGCUCCAGAGGACGUUUCUGUUCACCCUUUACCGGUCACUUCUCGGUUCGCGCCAUGGCCGACUCUGCAGCAUCUUCCUCUCCCUUCAAAAAAAUCCAGAUUCAGAGAGACGACACUACAUUUGAUGCAUAUGUGGUUGGCAAAGACGAUGCUCCUGGAAUAGUUGUACUUCAAGAAUGGUGGGGUGUGGAUUUUGAAGUGAAGAACCAUGCAGUGAAAAUUUCUCAACUUGGCCAGGGAUUUAAAGCACUUAUUCCAGAUCUGUAUCGAGGAAAGGUGUGUUUGGAUGUUGCUGAAGCACAACACACCAUGGAUGGUCUUGAUUGGCAAGGUGCUGUAAAGGAUAUCCGUGCUUCAGUAAAUUGGCUAAAGACAAAUGGUUCAAAGAAGGCUGGUGUUACUGGAUUUUGCAUGGGUGGGGCUCUCUCUAUUGCAAGUUCUGUUUUGGUCCCCAAGGUUGAUGCUGUUGUUGCAUUUUAUGGAGUUCCUUCAUCAGAGCUUGCAGACCCUGCCCAAGCUAAGGCUCCUGUUCAAGGCCAUUUUGGAGAGCUUGAUAAUUUCGUUGGUUUUUCAGAUGUGACGGCUGCUAAAUCUUUGGAGGAGAAACUGAAAGCUGCUGGUGUCCCGCAUGAGGUACACAUUUAUCCAGGCAAUGCGCAUGCUUUCAUGAAUAGGUCUCCAGAAGGUGUGCAGAGGAGGAAGAGCAUGGGAAUGGCAGAUGAAGAUGAAGCUGCAGCUCAGCUCGCUUGGUCCCGCUUCCAGUCAUGGAUGACAAAGUACUUGUAUGCUUAAAUGGUUUGCAAGUUCCAUAUUAUCAUCAAAUGCUAAACCAGCUAUCUAGAAUAAUUUAAUGUCUUGGUAAUGGCCUAAAAUAAGUUGCUUAGAAUUCUGAUGUUUCUGAAUGCAACUAUGAGAACUCUGCCCGAGUGUAAUAGGUGGUCUGUUUUGUUGGUGAAUAUAUGAACUGUUGUUACGAUUCUCAUCUCAUGUCUGCCCGUUAGUUUGAAUAUUUGGACAACUGGACGCAGAUGUAGUAUUGUUCACCACUUUAAUAUUCGGUACUGAAACAAUGAUUUGGGAUUG